GUUUUUUUCUUUUUUUUUAACUCGAAUACUAAUGCCAAUCAAGGUACAUUAAAAUAAGAAGGUGCUACAUUGGAGGAACCCAUGGGACCUGAGGGACAAAAAUGGGCCAAUAUGGAUCCAGAAGAACGAAUGUUGGCAGCUGCUACAGCUUUCACCCAUAUCUAUGCAGGGCAGGGUGAAGGAGAUGUCAGGAGAGAAGCCCAGUCUAUCCAAUAUGAUCCCUACAUUAAAGCUUCAGUGACCUCGGGGAAGCGAUCUGCUCUUCCUGUGCAACUACAGUACCCACAUGUAGAAAGUAUUGUCACUUCAGAAACAGUCUCAGAGGCCUCUCAAAGACUCCGAAAACCAGUGAUGAAGAGAAAAGUGCUACGCAGAAAGCCGGAUGGAGAAGUAUUAGUGACAGAUGAAUCAAUUAUCAGUGAAUCAGAAACUGGUACAGAAAAUGAUCUGGAUCUCUGGGACUUAAGACAGAGGAUGAUGAAUCUGCAGUUCCAGGAAGACAGGGAAUCCCCGGUUGAUAUUUCACAAAAAUUUAAUCUACCACAUGAAUAUGAAGAAAUCUCUCAAGAUCAGCUCAUUUGCAAUCUACGAAGAGAAGAAAUAAGCUCUCCAGCUUAUGAACAAGACCUGAUUGUUACCAGUAGGCCCAAGUCCUUCAUUCUCCCAAGGCUGGACCAGUUAAGCCGAAACCGGGGCAAGGUAGACCGUGUAGCCAGAUAUUUUGAGUACAAACGGGACUGGGACUCAAUGCGGUUUCCUGGUGAAGAUCAUAGAAAGGAACUGCGCUGGGGUGUCCGAGAGCAGAUGCUUUGUCGACCAGAACCACACACCAAACCUCAACAUAUAUAUGUUCCGAAUAAUUACCUAGUACCAACUGAGAAGAAAAGAUCUGCACUCCGUUGGGGUGUUCGUUGUGACCUUGCAAAUGGUGUCAUGCCCAGGAAACUUUCCUUCCCUCUUCCUCCUCCUUAAGUCUUUACCUGUCUCUUUUCACAGGAUUGUUUGGGGUAACCUGGUUCAUUAUAUAUCUUCUAAAUAGAAACUGACUUGAAAAGCCCAUAAAACAUACAGAGUAAGAACUUCACCCACUAUCGUCUUUCCUAUUUAUCACAUUGGUAUCAGAUACCACUUAACUACCCAAUUACCACUUAAAUCCAGCAGUUCCAAGAGAAAUCAUGCCAGAUAAUGUGAUAUAGACCUGGUCUUUCUAUUUUGUCAAAUUAGUAAGUACCACUGCUAUUCUAUAGCCUUUUUACCUUUGUAGCCAAUGUGAGUUGCUAUGUUUUAAUUUGUUUUUAAAGUUGCUGGGCAUUAAGCUUGUCAAUUAAAUUAUUUUGGGAAUUUA